UGACUCCUCCAAAAGGGUCCCAUGGAAGGAUGACCAGCCCCCGCCGACAGCUGUGCUGGCGCAAUGUUUUUGUGACUUUCGUAGUCUGUACCGGUACCAUGGCGUCUGGCGAGGAGGACGGAACUGUUGAGGAGAAAGAAACCAACAACAAGAAGCGGACGAAAGGUGCCAUCGCAACGGCAUGGCUCACGUUCUACAAUAUCGCCAUGACAGCUGGGUGGCUUGUAUUGGCUGUUGCCAUGGUCCGGUAUUACCUUCAGAAAGGCACCCAUAAAGGCUUGUACAGAAAUAUAGCCAGGACACUUAAAUUUUUCCAGACAUUUGCACUGCUAGAGGUUGGACACUGUGCUAUUGGAAUUGUGCGGACAUCUGUAAUUGUGACUGGGGUCCAAGUAUGUUCUCGGAUAUUCAUGGUUUGGUUUGUUACAAACAGCAUCAGACAGAAUGAGGAGAGUGUGAUCUUGUUCGUAGUAGUUUGGACGAUUACAGAGAUCACUCGCUACUCUUUCUACACUUUCAACUUGCUCAAUCAUCUGCCAUAUUUCAUCAAGUGGGCCAGGUACAAAUGUGGCAUGUCACUAAAUUUAAUUUCCCAACAGCAGAAUUGCAUGGCUUGGUUUCACUUGUUUACUCUGCAUGGUGUGGUUUCAACAUGUCUUAUUUUUUUGCAGUACAUUUCUCCACAAAAUCCAUCUCUACAAGUGCUGCGCAUUUGAAAAUGCAACACAUACCAGCAAUUUUCCACCAAUAUAAUAGCCCUUUGAGUCACACAGCCAUAAAUCACUAUCAGUAUUGUAAUAUUGUAAUUUUACAGUAGUAUUGCUAAAUUUAUAGUUAUUAUUUGAUUCCAGGUACUACUAGUACUUUUUUGCCAUCCAGCUGGUCCUGUUGCAAGAGGAUAGUGAUGACCAGAGCAGUGGUUUUUAGGGGUUCAAGCACAUAGCACUGAAACCCUAUUAUAAUUGUUAGAAUGUCUACCAAGUGACAAAGUGAAAGUCGUGAGAUUUGCCAAGUAUGGUAACCCAUACUCGGAAUUGGUGCUCUGCAUUUAACCCAUCCAAAUGCACACACACUGUAAACACACACCCGGAGCAGUGGGCAGCUAUUUGCUCCAGCACCUGGGGAGCAAUUGGGGGUUCAGUGCCUUGCUCAAGGGCACUUCAGCAAUGGGUAUUAAGCACUGUUCAUUCACUCCCCCCACUACAAGUCCAACUCUCUAACCAUUAGGCCACAGCUGCCCCAAGGCUCACCCCAAUUGGCCUGACCAGGGCACUGCAGCAAUCAAAAGUAUGAAAACACUCAUAACUCAGUUGCAGGCUCAAAUGUCUUAUGUCAUUGGAACCCAUGGCUCACGCCAGACAAAACGGACAUCUCAGAUCUUCAAGUAUUUUAAUGUUUUUAAAAAACAUGCUUUUGCGAACUAGUCCUAGUUUUUCAUCUGAUAGGAACCUAAACAGUGCAGAAAGAUUCUCUGGUGACUGAAUAUCAAUAAUCAAUAAUAAAAAUGGCUAUAACUGUUCAACCAUUUGUCCUAUCAACAUGAAAAUCGAUGUGCACCGUCUUGGUCCAAAGUGCCACAAGUGAUUAUAAGGACAUUUGCGUAUCUCAAAAAACAUGGCUGCCUUUGGUAGAUGAACUUUGAGCACCUAUAGGACAAGGUUAACGGAGGCCAAUUGGAACAAAACUUGGUUGGCCUGUUUCUCAGGUAUGUGCGAUAUCGUCAUAAACAUAAAAGAACAUCAUGUUUCUAUGGUAAAUUACCUGGAUUUGCCAAUCAUUUUAAAUCAUUAAUUUAGGUGGUUACAAACUUACUAAACAAUAUGUAAUGUCUUUUUAUAUAUAUGUAUUUAAAUUCCUUAAAGCGCUUGAACACUGGUAAUUGCUUCUUGUAGCUUUAUUUAUACUCUUCCUUGUUAAAUAAGAUUUGGUUGAGGGGAUCACCUAAUAAGUACUUCAUUAAGAAAAAUGAGGUGUGCCUGUGUUGGAAUUCAACAGACACUGGAAUAGAAUUGUUGCCACACAUGUAGAGUAGGGCUGGUCCGAAUACAAUUUUUUGAGCUUCAAAGCUUAAUCAACACCAAAUAUUUGAAACUUCGGAGGGAGGGGCUGAACAUAUUCUUCUCUGUAAUAAAGGCAGGAAUCUCUGUGUGUCUGUCUGUCUGUUUGCAUUUUUAUCAUGUCGAGAAGCGUUCAUCCAAUCGACUUAACACGUGGCUGGUGUGUUGCUGUGGACCCAAAGAAGUGCAGUGCCGAUUUUUGGUGCAAUAUGGACAAGUUCAGAAUUAAAAAACUUUUAAUAAACUACAGAACAGCGCGAGAUGGAAGCAGCGUGCCUCACGCGGGCAGGGCUUAUAUGCUCCGUGA